CUUCAUUGUUUAAAAUGGGGGAUGGUCUUAACCAAACCUUAUGAAGUAGGGUCUGAGAAUUUUUAAGGUUCACAACAGGCAGGUAGAGGGGAUAUUAGAAGAGCCACUCUCCUCCCUGGCUCUUGACAGAGUCUCUGUUAAGAGAGUGAGUGGCCAGAGUCAGCUCUAGUCAACAGUUCAGCUUUUGAAUCUUCCAUAGAAUUCUCAAUUCUCCCUUCUCCCACUGGUUGAAUGUUCCAUCUGCCUCUCUGCUUUUGACCAUUUCUCUUGACUAUAUUUUGAAUGUUUUUGCUUUGCUUUUAUGAUCUAUGCCUUGAUUUCUCGGCAGGCCCUUGCCUUAAAAUCCAAGUAGAGUUUGGAGCCUACUGAGCGGAUAAAGCUAAAAGGUAAGGAGCUUCUGUCCAUUUGCCCUCUUUCCUGCAAAAGAUGUCCAAUUGCCACAUGGUGUUAGAAUUUAGGGUAUUAAAAAGUCAAUUUCCUCAUUUUUUACCUUGAUGUUGCUCCACUAGGCAACAUGGGAGAAAAACAAACAAACAAAACCUAGUUGAAUUUUUGCUUAGGCUUGUAAAGAUUAAAAUUUAGGGGAGACUGGGGAGACUGAGGCAGGUAGAAAUUAGUUUCUCUCUGCAAGAAGUAUUAUAUUUUUUAGAGGUUUAUUAAAGGUUAAAGAUUAAAGAAUAUACAAGUAAGAAACAUGUGCCUAGGCCAGAGGCCUAGACAAAAUAACCUCACAUCACGCAAGAGACGUGCCUGCUCCAAAACGGAAGUCCAAAAACAGCCAAGAGAGCCCCCUCAAAAGCCUUUGAAUCAGCUUAAAUACCUUCUCGAUCUUGGCCCAGGUGAGAUUACAAGGUAUUCUGGGGAAGUGGAGCAAAGGCUCGUGGGGAUUGUAGUCCUGUAUUCAAGUCUAUUUUUUACAGGCUGCUUAUAUUUGAUCUCGUCCCAACAGGAAGGCCUACUAGGAUGCUUUUCCCUUUCUCUUAAUUGGGUUGGCUCACCCCUAUCUGGCUUGGACCUCAGCCUUGGUAGCCACUCCACCCCUGAGGCUUCCCAGACCCAAAAGGGAGAAAGUCCAGCACAGCCACUACCCAAGGGAGGAUACAAGCUGCCUAGACCUGAUUUUAAAAAAUUCCAAUUGUAAAUAGAGGAUAGUAUUGUAAGGAUAAUUUUAGGGUUGUGACCUAAUCCAAAUUAUUUUUGGUCGCCAGGGAAUAUCCCAAAUAAAAUACCCAAGUCAGUUUUUUUUUUUAAUUCAUGGUGGUUUAAUUAAUAUAGAGGGAAGGAAUUAAGGAGAAGGGAGAGGGAGAAGGUUUAGGAUUUUUCCUGCCUGGCCUGUGCCAGGGGGAGUUCAAGGUCCUCUGCCACGUGGUCCUUGAAGAAGAUUACUGGCUUUUUAAGAGGACAGUAUUUGGAAGGUAAAGGAGGAAGAAUCAGCCUAAACUCCGAGAGAGCUCAGAGAAGACACCUCACCUGAACUAGGCUACUUAGCUUCCUCCAGUAUGGUAUCAAGGAAAACUCACUGGUAAACCCAGACAAUAGUAGCUACCACCCAAGAAACCGAAACGCUCAGCACACUCACACCAGGAAGUGACGCAAAAUAUAUAGAUGGUUUUUACAGCACUUUCCUGCAUCUCACAUGUACCAAUGGUAGCUUAAGCUUUACUUAGGAUAGCCCAGGGGUCUGUCAGUUGUUUCUGAUUUGUCAUUUGCUAACACAUGUAUUUCAUAGGCCAUCCUCCUAAACACUUAAUCCUUAAGUAUGGGUGUGGACAUUCCUGUUUUUGUUAGACUAAGUAGGGUGGAGUAAUCUAAAGUUCACAGUAUUACAAUUUUGGGGUGCCAUAUAGGCCAUGCCUCUUGCUUAUCAAAGGUGUAACAUGGCCAUUCAACACUACAAAAAGAAAUUAGUUACUUUUCUUCAAGCUGUUUAGAGCCAAAUUUUUCCUGAUUUUUAAGUAUAUAUCCCAAAGGGGAAUCUCAGGGUAUGCUCUGUCUCUGUCCCAUGUGGAUGCUGAAUGGCCAAUUCCACACCAGAGUGUCCACAGAGGUUGCCCGACCAAGAGCACUCAGUUUAACACUGAGGCGAAAGACUUCCCACACACCAGAACAUCUUCCAGUAUCAGAAUGGGGAGCUGAAAGACCCCAAAUCCAGCGGCCCGAUUGACCUCUGGGGCCAAUGGGAGAGAGCAUGGAAGAGGUCCCACAAAGAUAUUAGUUAGAAGAUGGGGAUUUCAGGAGUCAAAGAAAAGGCUCCUUCCUACCUGAGAAGGUGCAUCCUCAUGGAUGAUCUGGGGUACAGGAGUAGCUUUCAGGAGAGCCAAAAAUGUUAGGCAAAAAUGGUAUGGGGGUGAAGAGGUAUACCUCUGGGGUUCGGGAAGGAUAUCUUUUGCAAGGAUGCAAGACUCCAAAACUUGGCUUAAAAAUAAAAAGAGAAAUUUAUUAGGGAGUAAUGUUGAGAUUGGCCAAGAGGAUAGUACAGGUGGAACAGCAAGAUGGAAGGCUGCUCCCUGGGAAGACAGCAUGGAUGGAAAAGCUGUCCUUCAGAUGACAUCAAUUCUGGGGAUUUUAUACUCUUUACACAGAUGUUGUGUCAUGGUGUGGACAUAACUCUAGAGUGGCAGUCCUCAGGCAUUCGAUCAGGGGUUUGGUUAUCUGACUGGGGUCUGCCUGAAGACAUGGGGUGACCCUCCUAAAGGAUUCCUUAGUUUUAGGGAACAGACCAAUGUCUGAGAUACAGCCUGAUAGUAUCUAGGAGUAGCCUGGAGGUGCAUCUCUCUGUCUAUUUUAAAUCUAAAAGAGGAUCAAAAUCUAAAGGAGGACAAUCCUCUCAGGGUUUUAUAAGAGUCAUCAGAUGUUUUGGGUUAGGCAGCACAAGGAUGUGAGAGAGCAAAGGGUUCCCUGAUAAUAAUUUGCCUGAGUUUCUGGGGGUGCAAUGCCCAUGCCAAGAGCAGCAGCCCUGGCUCUGAGGCCAGAAAAGGAAGAAUUGUCUGGGAGAGCUGCCCUUCCAGGGCCUUUAGCCCCUCAGUGCCUGCUAGAGCUCAGGGCCUGGAGUCAGGGAGGCCUGAGAUCACCCCCUGAGUGACCCUGGACAAGUCACUUUGCUUGCCUCAGUUUCCUCCCCUGACAAAUGAGCUGCAGGACAUGACAAAGCUGCCCAGCCUCUGCCCAGAAAGCCCCAAAGGGGGGGAGUCAGGCAGGCCUGAACAGCCUGAGCCCAGCAGCCCUGCAGACAGACACAGACACCCUCAGACUGUCCUCUGUCCAUCAGGGCUCAGAGGCUGGGCUCAGCGGCUGCUGCUGCCUUCUGUGGCCUCCUCGAGGGCAGGAGGGGUUCCUGGGCCUCCCCCAGGCUUCUGAAGGGUCUUUGGGCCUCUGGGCUGGGGCGGUGCUGAAGGAGACCCCAGGAAGCAGCUCCUCCGCUCAGGCUGUGGGGAGCUUAGACCAUUGGUCAAUCAAUGGUCAUUCGAUCAUUAAACACUCAUUAGGCACCUGCUGUGUGCCAAGCUCUAGCCUGAGGCAGCCUCCGGUCUAAAGAAGCAGCAGCAGGGCAGGGCGGGAGGGGAAGUGGGGGGAGGGAGGAAGGCUGCGGCUCCCCAGGCCGGGAACAAACACUUCCCCUCGAGGCCUCGGCACCAGGGGCCCAGGCGGGGCUCCAUUUCCCAGAAGGCCUGUUUCCGGACGUCUCCCUAGUCUCGCCUCCUCCCCCAGCUGACCGGCUCCAGGCACGGGGAAUCCCCUUUGGUUCCUCUUAGAUCCCGGAGGGCGCGCGGUGGUGGCUCUCGGCUGUUCUCGGCUGUUGCUCCCGGAGCUUAGCUUUGCUGGGUGCACACAGAGGACGUCUCCCCCCUCAGGGCUGCUACCCCCCCCAGCACCCCAGGGUGGCCCCGCAGAGAGCCUUCAGCCAGAGGAAUGGCCCCCGGGACCCCGAGGCCCCCCUCCCAGGGGUUUAUAACCUUCAAGGAUGUGGUUGUGGACUUCACGCAGGAGGAGUGGUGCCUGUUGGAGCAUUCUCAGAAAGAGCUGUACAGGGAAGUCAUGCUGGAGAAUGUGCAGAAUCUACUCUCUCUGGGGUUUCUAGUUCCUAAAGAAGAUUUUAUCUCCAGUUUUCAGCAAGGGGAUGGAUCUUGGCUGCUACAGCAAAAAGACUCAAAAACAAAAAACAAGCAAAAAGGCUCAAGGAGCUCCUCUCCAGAGGCAGAGACUAAUUUUGAAGUGAAUAAGAUGUCUACCAAGCUGAGUCAUUUUGUGGAAGGAUAUGGCCUCCAAAGAUGCACAACUGAGGGUCUCUCUGACUUCAUUUUGAGAAAAAUCUGUAACUCUAAUAUUAAGGGAAAUGAAAAUCCAAAGACUAACUAUAAAAUUGAUGGAACAGUGGAGAAAUUCAGUCAAAAUUCAGUCCUAACUCAGUAUACAAAAUUGACCUCAGGAAAUGACUGUUCUCAGGAUAGUAGAUACAGCAAAUGCUUUCCUGCAGAACUAGACCUUAUUCAGUUGGCUGAGAAACCUCUUGAAAUGCCCUUGCAUCAAGGUAACCUAGGGGGAAUGGCCUUUGGCUCUAGUUUAGACAUCAUUAGACAUCCCAAAACUAAACAUGUAGAGAUGGUUUCUAUGAGUAAUGAAGAUGGGAGAUCAUUCAGUCAGAACUCUGAGCUUGAUUCAUAUCAAAUAAUCCACUGUGGAGAGAAACCUCAUGAAUGCAAACAAUGUGGAAAGUCUUUUAAAUGUAGGGAUACCCUUGCCAGUCAUCAGAGAAUCCACAGUGGAGAGAAAACUUAUGAAUGUAAACACUGUGGAAAGGUUUAUAAACAUAAGAAUAUUCUUGUUGUACAUCAGAGAAUCCACACUGGAGAGAAACCUUAUGAAUGUAAACAAUGUGGAAAGGCUUUUACACAGAGGUCCUAUCUUGCUGCACAUCAGAGAAUUCACACUGGAGAGAAACCUUAUGAAUGUAAACAAUGUGGAAAGGCUUUCACACAGAGAGGCCAUCUUUUUAUACAUCAGAAAAGCCACACUGGAGAGAAAGCUCAUAAAUGUAAACGCUGUGGAAAGGCUUUUACAAUGAGGAGCCAUCUUACUAGACAUCAGAAAAUCCACACAGGAGAGAAACCUUUUGAAUGUGAACACUGUGGAAAGGCUUUCAAAGCUAGGAAUAUUCUUGUUACACAUCAGAGAGUCCACACUGGAGAGAAACCUUUUGAAUGUAAACAAUGUGGAAAGGCUUUUACAUGGAAGGAGAGUCUUUCUUCACAUCAGAGAAUCCACAGUAGAGAGAAACCUUAUGAAUGUAAACAAUGUGGAAAGGCUUUUAAAGGGAGGGACUAUCUUGCUACACAUCAGAGAUUCCACAUUGGAGAGAAACCUUAUGAAUGUAAACAGUGUGGAAAGGCUUUCACAAUGAGUGGCUCUCUUGCUAGACAUCAGAAAGUCCACACUGGAGAGAAACCUUAUCCAUGUAAGCAAUGUGGAAAGGCUUUUACAGAGAGGGUAGAUCUUGCUGCACAUCAGAGAAGUCACACUGGAGAAAAGCCUUAUGAAUGUAAACAAUGUGGAAAGGCUUUUACAGGGAGAAAUAGUCUUGUUGUACAUCAGAGAAGUCACACUGGAGAGAAACCUUAUGAAUGCAUACAAUGUGGAAAGGCUUUUACAGGGAGAAAUAGUCUUGUUUCACAUCAGAGAAUCCACACUGGAGAGAAACCUUAUGAAUGCAUAGUAUGUGGAAAGGCUUUCACAAGGAGUGGCACUCUUGCUAGACAUCAGAAAAUCCACACUAGAGAGAAACCUUAUGAAUGUAGGUAGUGUGGAAUGGCUUUCACAGAGUAUUUAUCUGGCUAAAUAUCACAGCAUUUUAAGAGGAAGAGUGGGUUUUAGAAAGAGAGGUUGUUCUGCUGGGGUAAGUUGUGGGAGGAUGAAGAUUCUAGAAUGUGAUAGUAGGGGUUAGGCAGUUAACUGGGAGGUUUUCUUUAGAUCAGAGAGGUGAAGGUGAGUGUGGAUCAAACUCUUUGAAGACUCCCUGUGAAGGGACAAUUUUUAUUAGUUGACAUUAGUAUUAGGAUCAUCCUAAUUCCCAUUUAUCCUUUCCUAUUAGAAUAAAUACAACUUCCCUGU